GUGCGUUCGUUACAGCACCUCGGCUGAGCCCGGUUCUUGGGCGUACAUUCAUAGAUGGGGAAAUUCACACUCCGGGAGUUCUUUCAUGGUUGAAAAACGGUCACUUUUAAACACAAUGGAGUGUUUUUAUUGAAUCAAACUAUCUGUGUUGAUUUGACUAUUUCCUGGAACCUGCCCGGGAGCUUGAUUCGACCCUCAUCACAUGGACAGCAGUCACCGGGUCCGGACAAACCUAAUGCACCCGCUGCCGUGUUUUGUUGUUUUCCAGCGGUGUAUCGUGUUUGGCCUGUCAAACUAACCGUGUGACUUUUUGCUGAAACGACGAGACUGGAUUAUCAGGGAUGCACAUGACUAAAAAGACCAGGAACACAAUGAAACCUCCAUCACAGUCACCUCCUGUAAGCAGUUUAGUAUUUGAUGGCGUCUACAACAAUGCCAGAAUGCUCCAUUUCCUCACAGCAGUGGUGGGCUCCACCUGUGAUGUGAGAGUGAAAAACGGCGCAGCCUACGAGGGAGUCUUUAAGACUUUAAGCUCACAGUGUGAACUGGCUGUGGAUGCUGUCCAUAAACAGAGCAAUGGAGAAGGUGAUGGAGGAGGAGGAGGAGGAGGCGGCGAGGAAGGAGGAGGAAGCCAGUCCUCUCAACCCAAGAUCGAAGAUAUCACAGACACCAUGAUCUUUAGCCCCGCCGACCUGGUGACCAUGACCUGCCGCGAUGUCGACCUAAACUUUGCUGUCAGAGACACGUUCACUGACACGUCUAUCAGCGCAACCCGGGUGAACGGGGACCACCGGGAGAAGGUCCUGCAGAGGUGGGAUGGAAACGGAAACGGAGAAAACUUUGAGCUGGAAGCAGACGCGUCUAACGGCUGGGACGCCAACGAGAUGUUCAAGUUCAACGAGGAGACGUACGGCGUCAAGUCCACCUACGACUCCAGCCUCUCCAUGUAUACCAUGCCUUUGGAGAAGGGCACCUCUGAGGGAUUCCGUCAGAGGGAAGCGCGAGCCGCUCGGCUGGCCAAUGAGAUCGAGGGCAGCCUGCAGUACCGCCGGCGUGUUUCUCUGGAGAACGACGAGGGCCGCAGCGAGGAGGACAAAUACAGCUCGGUGGUGAGGGAGAGGGAGGAGAGGGCGAGCCCCGGCUUCAUCCCCACCGGCAGGGAAGGUAAAUACAUUCCCCUCCCUCAGCGGGCUCGAGAGAUCGGAAUGGGCCGGUCCGGGGCCUCCGGGCGCACCGCCCCCCCCUCCUCCUCCAGACACCCCCCGGCCGGCGCCUCCUCCCCCAAACCCCCGUCUGACCGCAGCAGCCCGCUGUCCGUCAGAAGCUCCUACUCUCCCCACCAAUCACAGGGCAGCCCACCCGCGGCCGGCAGCCCUCCCUGCACCAAUCACGUCCUCCCGAACUCCCUCUCUCACCCACAGGCCCUCGGUGACAACGCACGCUCUUCUGUCAACGGAGUUACUUCCAGAACUUCCCCUAAAUCCCAGAGACUCCAGAGCAGGACCCUGCGCAACCCCAACUCCCAGUCCUCAGCAGUCUCUCGAGCCACGCCCCUCGAUAUCCCAAUGGGCGGCCCUGUUUUCUUGGACUCCAACUCCACCUCCGCUGUCACCAUGGCAACAACCGGCGCCAAAGCCUCCGGCCCGACCCCGCUGUUCACUGUCGAUGUGAAUGAGAUCCUGAACACAGCAGCUAAAGAGAGAUCUGAAAGUCUGGCUGAAGGGAAGAGCACCAAAGCUCCCUCUGUGCAGCAGAGGAACCAGCUGGAGGAGCUGCGCAAGUUCGGCAAAGAGUUCCGGCUGCAGCCCACCUCCUCCCCAGCAGCGAGCCCAGCCUCUGCAGAUCCUGCUCAGCACGACUCCUCCCCGCCCAAACCUGUGCCCUCCUCUGCCCAGGACCUGCAGCAGACCCUUGAGGCUCCUGCUGGCCCCCAGGCCUCAGGGCCGGAGGGGCCGCAGCCUGGGACUAGCCAGCCGGCCCCCGGAAGCGAGGAGAGCUGUUCAGAGAGUGGGGAGCGGCCAGAGUCUGCUACGCAAGUGAAAAUCUCAACAUUGAAUCCAAAUGCAAAAGAAUUUCAACCCAUAAAAGUGAAUACAGUCCAGAAGCCUGCACCGACCCCCACCCCUCCUCGGCCGACCCCUCCCAGCCCCUCUCUGAUUCUGGCCCCCCAAGGACAGCCAGGGGGAGGCGCCAUCUACAACACCCCCCCGGGACACUACCUGUCCUACAUGUCCCCCCUGCACAUCCAAGGACACCAGAUUCAGGCUCCUCAGAUGUAUCAGUACACCAUCAACCAGGGCAAAUACCCCAGAGCCAAAGGCCCGGUGGUGGGCCAGCGUCCGGAGCACCACCCCUCCUCCACCUCCCCCAUGAUCUCCGCUGCAGCCUCAGCAGCAGGACCCCCACUGGUGGCCUCACCGUACCCCCAGUCCUACCUGCAGUACGGUCAGAUGAUCCAGACCCUGCCCCCCCAUUACCACGGACAGCCAGUUUACUCGAUGCUGCAGGGGGGAGCGAGGAUGCUGACAUCAGGGGCCCCCCCUCAGCAGAUGGGGCCUCCUGGGGGCCAGUACCCCGGCCAGGCUGAGAGCCUGCAGGGGCAACAGCAGGCCAUGUAUGCUCAGUCGUUCUCUCACCACUCGGGCGCCAUGCAUCACCCUCAGCCCUCCAGCACCCCCACUGGGAACCAGCCCCCGCCCCAGCACUCAGCCCCCAGUCCAGGACACAAUCAGUCGAGUCAGGCUGGCCCUCAGCCUCAGAACAUGUUCCACACUGGAGGUCUGUCGGCCCCCACCCCUCCUAACAUGCAGCCGGGCCACAGCUCCCCCCAGGCCUCCUACGCCAUGCAAGGCUACAGCCUGCCCACCCACCAGGCUCUGCCCCACGGCUUCCCCUCCAUCAGCCAGCUCACACAGGCUCAUGUAGCAGGAGGCAUGGCGGGCCCCCACCACUCUGCUGGUCACGGCCUGCCGCCCGUCAUGCUGCACUACGUCUCCCCUCAGCAGGGCGGGGGCUCCAACCCCCAGCACGGCCCCCAGCAGGGGGGCCCACAGCACUUCUACAUCGGACACCCCCAAGCUGUCCAGGUGCAGGCUCACCCCUCCCAGCAGCUGUCCUUCCACCCCUCUGCAAACUGAAGCCCUCCCUCACCGCUGGAUUCAGGAGAGGAAGAAGAAACCCCCCCCCCCCCACCCCAAAAAAAAAAAUCCCCAAGCAUCUUGUAACAUUCCCACCUCCUGACACCAAAUUAACACUAUCAUUUUUACCCACCUCAUCUUUUAGACAUGGAGACGUUUCUGGAUUUUUAAGUGUAAAUACAGACUGUUUUCACUCGGAGCUGGACUAAAGACGGUAACUGGUGGAAUCAUUUAGACUGACGACAGUGAAAACAGCCCUCCCCCCCUCCCCCCCCACACCUCCUCUGUCCUUUUA